AACCAACGGUAACGACGCAGAGCAGAGGAGCAAGAAGCCUUCACCAAACCACACAGCAAACUGCAAACAUGGUGCGAGAGACCGGUUACUACGAUACUCUUGGUGUGAGCCCGAAAGCCUCCCUCGAAGAAAUUAAGAAAGCUUAUAGAAAACUGGCCCUGAAAUACCACCCGGACAAAAACCCCAACGAAGGAGAGAAAUUCAAACAUAUUUCACAAGCUUAUGAAGUCCUGUCAGAUCCUAAAAAGCGAGAUCUGUAUGACCAUGGAGGUGAACAGGCCAUCAAAGAAGGAGGCAUGGGAGGAGGCGACUUCUCCUCUCCUAUGGACAUCUUUAACAUGUUCUUCGGGGGUGGAGGAAGAACUCAGAGAGAACAAAAAGGUAAAAAUGUGGUCCACCAGCUCAGUGUCACACUUGAGGAAAUGUACAAUGGUUCAACCAGAAAGCUUGGUCUCCAGAAGAAUGUAAUCUGUGAGAAAUGUGAUGGUUAUGGAGGAAAGAGAGGUGCUCUUGAAAAAUGCUCAAAAUGCAAAGGCAGAGGAGUUCAGAUCCAGGUGCAGCAGAUUGGACCAGGAAUGAUUCAGCAGAUCCAGAGCAUGUGCUCAGAAUGCCAGGGACAGGGUGAAAGAUUCAGUGCCAAGGAUCGCUGCAAGAACUGCAAUGGGCACAAAGUGGAACGCAAAAAGAAAAUUCUUGAAGUCCACAUUGACAAAGGUAUGAAAGAUGGCCAGAAGAUCAUGUUCCACGGUGAGGGUGAUCAAGAACCAGGGCUGGAGCCUGGUGAUGUCAUCAUUGUCCUCGACCAGAAGAAACAUCCUGUAUUUAACAGGCAGGAAGAUAACUUAAGCAUGAAGAUGAACAUAAAGCUGGUUGAGGCACUCUGUGGCUUCAAGAAAACAAUACAAACACUAGACAACAGAACCCUCAUCAUCAGUUCAGCACCAGGUCAAGUAAUUAAAAACAAUGACGUAAAGUCUAUUCAGAAUGAGGGUAUGCCCGUCUACAGAGAUCCCUAUGAGAAAGGACUGCUCCUCAUUCAGUUUGAGGUUGAGUUUCCAGAAAAACACUGGCUUCCUGAGAACAUGUUCCCCCAGCUGGAACUGCUACUUCCUAAACGGGAUGACGUAAUGCUGACUGAUGAUAUGGAAGAGGUGGACCUCUGUGAGGUGGACCUUGAAUCCCAGAGUAGAAAAUACAGUGGAGAAGCCUAUGAGGAGGAGGAAAGUCCCAAAGGUCAUGGAGUUCAAUGUCAAACUCAGUGAGCCUCAAUUCAGUGCAACCAUAAAUGCAGCUCAUUUUAUUUGUGUCAAUGUAUUUACAGACAUGUUAACUGGUUUCAGUUCAAAUGCUAUCAGACAUUGACUCAUUUAUUGUUUUAUCACAGUUUUAUCCUUGUUAGGGUUGCGGUGGUUCUAAUUUAUUGAGCUAAAGGUAGAAAACUCCUCAGACGGGUUGCGAGUCCAUUACAGGGCAGACAUGUAUGCACAAACACAUACUUUUUUUUUUUUUUUUUUUCUACCCCUUUUUCUCCCCUUUUUAGGGCAUCCAAUUGUUCAAUUAGCAUCGUGCUUCCUCUCUGUCUAUGCCGAACCCUGCCCUGACGGAGGUGAUUGAAGCUAACCCGUAUCCCCUCCGAAACACGAGCAGCAGCCAGAUGCAUCUUUGCCACCCACACAUUGACGAGUUUUGGCGCCACCUAGCGUUGCAUGAGGAGAGACACACCCUAAGGGCACCCCCUCCCAUCUCUGUGUAAGCGCCUCCAAUCAGCCGGCAGAGAACGCAAUCGCAUAAAGCAAGGCUGGAUUCGAUACGACGCUUCUCAGAAUCCAGCCCUGGUUGCAGCGCGUUUCUUUUUACCGCUGCGCCACCUGAGCGGCCACAAACACAUACUUAAAGCAGUUUUUAAUAGUUCCAGUUGGCCUGACAGCAUGUUUUUAGACUUGUGGGAGAUGACCAGAGUACCCAGAGGAACCCACUCAGAUACAGGGAAAACAUGCAAACUGCAUACAGAAAGAACCCUGUCUGUCUGGCUGUUUAAUAAAACCCAGGCCCUUCUUACUGUGAGCUGACAGUGCUAGCCACUGUGCCACCACAAACACCUAAAAUCAGCAUUUGAUGGAGUAUGUUGUUUAACAAUCCUUAUAUAGGCAUUUUUUUAAUUAUUGGCCCCUAAAGUGCUAAAGAGGUUUUCCAUCUGUUAAAACCUAAAAGUAAAAAUGGAAAGGACCAUUAGUCAUAUAAAAGUAGUUCAGAUGAAUGUUAUUGCUGAGAAUCACAGCAACCUUCCUACUGCAAAAAUAUUUAGAUCAUUGCUGUAUGUUUCUCAAUGUUGAUUUGGUAUGUCUACUACAUUGUGUGCAUGUUGUUUUGAGUGUGGGUGUGUACUUUGUGUUUAUUUCAUGUCCAAUCAUAUUUCAUUUUUUUUACAUUUCUACUUGUUUUGCUUUUGUCUAUUGUACUUGUAAAAAGCUCAGUGCUGAAAAAGGGUAUUUGUAUGCUUUCUAUGAAGGUAACACCUCCCUGAUAACGCACCAGUGUACGUCUAUACAAUUAAAACUAAACAAGCAAAAAACA